AUUGUCUCAGAUGUGGUCAGCUAUAUAUAAAAGGAAGAGUCACAAGACUCACAACUCUAACACAACCCUUCUUUGAGGGAGACAGUGCCUAAAUUUGCAACUCUGGUGUCUGAACUCUGAAUCUCUGAUCCUCCCUCUACCUGCAAACAACAUUUUGGAUUCGUUUCAGGUGUCGGUGUCGGAAACUCGGAGAGCUCCGUUUCUGAUUUACUUGUUUCAGUUCCAGCAGGAAGAGAUGGGGAACGAAUCAUACGAGACAGCCUUGGCAGGACUUACGAAGCUUCUCAGUGUGAAGGGAGACCAAGAACCAAUUGCCACCACAAAAAUCGAUCAAGUAACAGAAGAAUUACAAGGAGUCGAUAGCCAAUCGUUUAAUCUAGUCGAGCGGAUGAAAACCGGGUUCAUUCACUUCAAGAAGGAGAAAUACGAAAAGAAUCUCACGUUGUAUGAUGAUCUAGCCAAGGGUCAAAGCCCUAAGUUCAUGGUGUUUGCAUGCUCAGACUCCCGUGUGUGUCCAUCCAAUAUAUUAAAUUUGCAACCGGGGGAGGCUUUUAUGGUCCGCAAUAUUGCGAACAUGGUUCCACCAUAUGACCAGACCAGAUACUCAGGCGUUGGAGCGGCCAUUGAAUAUGCAGUCUUGCAUCUCAAGGUGGAGAACAUCGUGGUGAUCGGACACAGCUGUUGUGGUGGGAUAAAAGGACUCAUGUCUCUCCCUGAUGACGGCUCCACCUCUACUGAUUUCAUAGAGGAAUGGGUGAAAAUCUGCUUACCAGCCAAAGAAAAGGUGAAGUCAGAGAACGGCAGUUUGCCUUUACCCCAGCAAUGCUCAGAAUGCGAAAAGGAAGCUGUAAAUGUAUCACUGAGUAACCUUUUAACUUAUCCAUUCGUGAGAGAUGGUUUGAUGAAGAAAAGUUUGGCGUUGAAGGGAGGUUACUACGAUUUUAUUAAUGGAUCUUUUGAACUGUGGGGACUAGAAUUCAACCUCACACACUCUCCUUCUGUAUGAAUGUACGAUCCAACAUACAUGGCACCAUGCAAUCCAUGCAGAAGGAUGUCUUACAUGGUGGGAGGUUAUGAGUUACAAUGCGUAACAUUAUUGUAUGUAUGUGAAGGUAGUCAUGGUCCAUAGUUGGUAGUAAUAAUGAAAUAUAAAGGAGAGAACCAGUUUGUUUGCUAUUA